AUGGAACCACAAGAUCAUUGCAUUAGGCGAUGCAAUAUGCAAGCACAUCACCAUGGGAAAAAUCAAUCAGCGUCCAUAUACCAGUUAGUGAAGAUUUCUGUCUUACAUAAAAAAGCGGAGCUUGUGCGUGCUCAUACAGAACAGAUGCUUGGUGUCAGAAGUUUCUAUCUCGAGUUCCACUUGGUGUACCCAAUCUCACGAAAGUCCGAUCCUUCAAUCCCAGUAACUGGCGCGAGUAACAGUGCUUCGAUAGAUACGUCCUUCCUGGAUUUGGAACCUUCUGGGUCAGCCUCUUGUGAUGACUCCAUUCGACAGGCGAACAUCAGUGUCGUAAUAUGCGGAUGGAGUAAUUCACAAUGGACAAGGUAUGCUUUUGGAAACACUGGAAACAUACCCGAGGAGCACGCAGACGAAGAAGAAGAAGAAGAAGAAGAAGAAGAAGAAGAAGAAGAAGAAGAAGAAGAUGAUGAUGAUGAUGAUGAUGAUGGCGGCUUUAGACAAGACUUCUUCGCAACCGAAAAUAGCCUCGAUCUUGCUAUGGAUGCUAAUAUGGUCGAGUGGGAUGCACGAAAAUACUGGCUGCGGAUCCUUGCAAUUCGCUGUGGUUUAGUGCCGAAAGAGUGGCAGUAUCUUUUGCAUAACAUUAAGAAUGGCUUCAAAGCAUAG